GAGAGAGAAGGAGGGAGAGAGAAAGAGAGAGGGAAGCAAACAGAGAGAGAGAGAGAGCGAAGCAAAGAGAGAGGUGCCAGAGAUAGAGCUUGACCUACCCUGCACCCAGGCAUAUUCAGCGCCAAUCACACCUCUCCAUAGGAGCAGUUUCCUACUGAGAAAACGACAGUCUCUAUAUUAAAGAAAAGCAGGGAAAAAACAGGAUGUGCGUCCCUAUCCAGAAUGGCUCGCUGGUGAUCGCUGAGCACACGGCUGCUGUUGAGAGGAUGGGCACUGAGCCACAUUGGGCAUUUCUCGAAUGCCCGGUUUGUUUCCUGGUCUACGACAAUGCCUCCAAGACACCACUACUGCUGCCCUGUGGCCACACCUUCUGUAUGGAGUGCCUGGCCAGGAUUUGCAUCUUCAUGAAGCUGGAUGACAAGUUUCUGUGCCCACUUUGCCGGACUGUUGUAGCCAUCCCACCAGGGGGAGUGCCCAAACUCAAGCCGGACCUGGAGAUAAUGUCCACCUUUCCCCCGGCACUACAAACCAGGCAGCGAGUCUGGAUGGAGGGCUCUCAGCUCUGUUGGCUGAAGGCAGAUGAAUAUGGAGACACGGCGACUGUGGUGAUGUUACCAUUAUUGCCCCAUCCCAACCCUGAAAUCUUGAAUCCUUCGCAUCUGGUGAGUGUCCACCACCCACCCCAGAUCUCCAGGUAUUGGCUUUUCUUCAGUAACUGCUGCUGGGUCAGUAUCUUGAUCAUGGCUGGAUUCGUUAUGAUAUUUGGCAUCAUCUUCUUCCCCAUUUAUCUCCUCAAAGAUCUCUGAAACACUUUAUUCAGACUCUUUUCUCGAUUCGCCGUAGAGACAGAAUGAUAAUAUUAUAACAUGAUAAUAUUAUUUCCCUUCUAACUAACUGUGCAUGGAUAAUCAGGAAAACUCAUCAUUGUGCCGAUUUAUAUGCAUGAUUCGAGCCAUUUGCUUUUCAGAGGUUCACUUGGGGACUCUUUACAAGAAAAUGGUCCAUUAUUUAAUCUAUUACCUAGCAGUGUCUGCCAUUAAUUAGAUUGCCCUGUUAUGUUUAAAUUUAUAAUUUUUUUGCAUGAAGAUUGCUUAAACUGUGAGCUGGGAAUGUCACUGCGAAGGAAACAGUAUCUAAGACCUGAAUAAAUAAGGCAAGCAACCAUAUAUCGCCUUAAAUUACCACAUUGAAGGGUCACAAAAUUAACCAAUGUGAGGACUGAAUAGUCUGGGGCUAUUUUCUCUGGAGCGUAGGAGGCUGAGGGAUGACCUUAUAGAGGUUUAUAAAAUCAUGAGGAACAUGGAUAGGGUGAGUA